AUGGGGUUGGUUACAAGGAGCUCUCUGCAUGAGGUCAUGGCACUUGAGCAGGAGAAAAAACCUGGAAACGAUGUAACAGAACGUUCUACUCGCAUAGCCAAGGCAGUUCAGCUUUGCUUCUUGAUUCAUAUUGUGCCUAAUUACGAUGAUCAAAGAUCCCAAAUUACCCCUUCGUACUGGAACGACGUUAAACAGUCGUCGUCCGGAAUGGGGGAUGGUACAUUUAGUCAGCAGUCAAUUUUCGCAGUCAAUAGGCAUAGCAGACUCGAUUGGUUUCCUAUUGGAAGGAUAGAGGCACUUGACCUUUACAAUGAAUCUCACUGUGCCAUGCAUUCCAAUACAGAAUACCUCUUAGUUUUGCCCUCCUUUCGUAAUCUUAUCAGCACCCUAACCGGGAAUAGAACCGUCGUAGUGCGCUUCAGGAGGAAGUAUUGUGUGAGCUGA